AUGGCGACGGUGGCUGCUCUGAGGCGGCGGGGCCGGCGGGGCGGCGGGGAGGAGCUAGCAGCGGGCACGGCCGCAGCAGCUGCCUGCCCCGGGUGCCUGGCGGAGGCGGUGGUCCUGCCCCGCGGCCACUCGCUGGGCCGGGCCUGCGCCCCCCUCGCCGCCGAGGCGGGGCCGGGCCCCGGGCCCGGGCCACCCUCCGGGUCCUCCUGCUGCCCGCGCUGCGGCUGCCGCAGCAGCCGCCCCUCGGGCCGGGCCCGCCGCCGCCCCCGCCCCCGCCCCAGCGGCCUGGUCGAAGCCGAGUUGUGGGAGCGGCUCCACCGCGGCCGGCGCCGCCACCGUCGCCUAGACGGGGACCCCGUCGGGGCCGGCCCCGGAGCCGGGGCUGCAGGAACCGAGGAGCAGCGGGCUGCGGCCGCCGAGGAAGACUUUAUAUUCAGAGCACCAAUCAAAUUAAGUAAACCAGGGGAACUUCGAGAGGAGUACGAAAGCCUAAGAAAGUUGAGGGAAGAAAAGUUAGAAGAAGAGAAAAGCUCUGAGGAUCUGAUCCACAAGCUCUUACUGGAGGACAUCGAAGGAGGGAAAAGGAGAAUGGAAGAACUGCAGAAAAAAGAUGAGCCAUUAGUUCUCUGUCCUGAGCGCCUCUCAGAUUCAGAAAAUGAAGAACCUUCCCAGGGCAAGAUGACACAUCGUUCGGCAUUUGUUUCCAAGAGCAGCGUUUACUCCUUAGCUUUCCUGGCAGGAAACCUGAACUCCAGAGUGGAGAGGAGCCAGAGUUGUAAUGACACAGCCCAGGACAGAGCAAAAAGCAGAAUUCGCUCAGUUCCCACCAAUAAAGCAAAGGUCACAGCUGUGACUCCAGCCUCCAACCCCAUUGUUGGUGUUCUCUUGUCAACCCAAAACAACCGCUGCCUCUCAGCCCCUGAUCUGACCGUGGAAAAACGUUUACCAUUCAGCUCCCUCUCAUCCUUGUCCUCUUUGCAUAAGCCAGAACGAUCUAUUAGUCCUGAGAGCAAUGACAGCAUCUCAGAAGAACUGAAUCAUUUCAAACCCAUUGUCUGCUCACCAUGUACCCCUCCCAAAAGACUCCCUGAUGGCAGAGUACUCAGCCCACUGAUCAUCAAAUCAACCCCCAGAAAUCUGACCAGAACCUUACAGAAGCAGACCUCUUAUGAGGCUAGCCCACGGAUCCUCAAGAAAUGGGAACAGAUCUUCCAGGAGCGGCAGAUCAAAAAGACCCUUUCGAAAGCAACCCUCACUUCCAUGCCUUCUGAAACAGGGGAAGAUUUCCUCAUACCUGAAGUAGUCCAUUCCAGCAAGGAGCAGCCAGGGCUGGCUUUACAUGUGAGACUCUUCAGUGAUCAAGUAAACUCAGAUCAUCCAACACUUGUCAUCCCAGAGCCGGAAUAUUUCCCCUCAAUUAGUCAAGUGAAGGUAGAAAGGGGAAUUGGUAAGAGGAGCAGUGCCAAGAUCCUGUUGGACACUGACUAUUCCUUGGACUCCAAAGGGAGAACAAAUGGAGCCAUUUUGGACAGUCAGGGGUUUGAAGGAUCUGAGACAAGCACAGACUCUGACCUAGACAGGUCAUGGAUGAGCACUGAUAUGAAAGUUACAAGGAAAAUUAUGGCUAUUAAUCCAGCACUGCCUGAGAACAAUACACUUGGUGUGGUUCUCAAAAAAGCAAACACAAAAAAGCAACUGAAGACAAUGAACCAUUUUGAGCUGCCCAAUGGCACCUGUGACAUGGUGGAAACUCUCAGUGAUGCACCACUUCCUCCCUUGCGCCGUGGCCGGAAAAGGCACUGUAAGACCAAGCACUUAGAGCAGAAUGGCUCCUUUAAGAAACUGAGACAAAGUGUAGGGGAGGUGGGCCUGACCCCUGGGGACUCAGUGUUUCAGGAGAUGGAACAGAAGCUACAACAGGAAGAAGAGGAUCGGCAGCUGGCACUUCAGCUGCAGCACAUGUUUGACAAUGAGAGCAGGACAGUGAGCAGGCGGAAAGGAGGUGUUGAUCAGUAUCUCCUACGGUCCAACAGCACUACAGGUGCCAAGUAGCACUUAUGAACAAUGUUGCCUUUUUCUUAGAGGCCAAUAGGUUCGAUCAGAGAUCCUUGAGUCCACUUUUUUGGUUAGGUUGAGUGAUGAAAACACCCUUGAUUAUGGAUCUGAGCCAGGGCCUUAUAGUCACAGUCAAAGGGAUUCCUUAUCCCUGCCCCUCUUCCAUGAUCAAGUCCUUUCAAGUACAAAGCCCUCCAUACUGUAAACUGUCUAGAGGGUAUUUGGGGCCAAAGCUGGCAGGCCAUGUUGGCCUGAGCCUUGGGCGGCCAUUUUCAGGAGCCUGUGGCCAGAGUUUGCAAUUCUUCCCCUUCCCCACUCCCUCCCCCCCCAACUUCUCUCUCUUUCUCUCUUAAAAAUGAGUGAAGAAAAUGAGUUGGCUUUGUGGAAACUAUAGACUGGACCACCUGACCUUUUUCAUCCUGGCUUUGUUUAAACCAACCUUGCAGGGAGAUUGAAUACUGUCCUGAACAGUUAACUGAUAAUUUAUUUCUAUUUGACCUUGAAACUCAUAAUUUUAAAUUCCCCUCCCUCCUGAGUCUUCUCCUUCCCUCUCCCCAUUCCCAAAAGUAUAUCCUUCUCAUUGUGUAGGCUCUGGCUAAUUCUAAAAUAUCAGCAGCAGACUUUUUUAAAGCACUAUUAUAUACAGAACGGCCUUUUGGCUAGGGAAGAUGCAAAGUUUAGAUAGAUGGUCCUUAUCCCUCAAAGACCUUUAAUCAUGUAGCACUGAAAUGAAUUUGUAUUCCCUUUACACAUAAACUGGUGAUUUCAUAGCAUCCAGGGAAUAGCAAAGAUUAGCUAAGAAAUCAUUCACAAUUAAGCAUUGAGAGUGAGUAUGAAAACAGAUUGACUUCACAGCCUUCCCAGACUCUUGUGUACCCCAUCUAGAGGUCGAGGGGCAUUCUCAGUGACUCCAUGGCACUUGAUUCUCUGCAAGGUUGUAUUUAACUUAGACUUUUAAGUAAGAAUACUGAGUCAAAAUCAGACAUUGAUAUUUAUUGAGCACCCAUUGUGAACUGUAGAAACAAAGAAGUUGAUAGGCUGUAACCAAGAUUUCUGAUAUCUGUGACCUGUUAGGGGUCUGUUUUCCUCUGAAGCACUGUACUACAUCUCCUCCCUCAUAGUAAUUGGUACUUCAUCCUUUCAAGGCUUAGGGAUUAGUGUGUUCUUUCAGGUCAUCUCAGAGGACUUUGUUUUCCCUAUAUAUAAGUAAUGCAACUGAAGUUUAAAAAACUAACAUGUCCAAACAAGUAUAAAUCCUUAUUGAAACAGCUCCUUUGGGAUGCUGGUAUUGUUCAGUAUUUUCUGGAACUCUUUUUUGGAAAUUGCCUUCAGGGUCUAGCAGAUCCUUUAUUUCCACCCCCACCCCCCUUUUUCCCCCCUAUGCUCAUGGUUGCCAUAUCUUCAUGCUUUGAGAGUGGAUUUUAUCUUUGGAAAUAAUUAAAAGUUAUGUACAGCCAAAUAUGGUAAAUAAAGGUGGGCGGUCAAAUCGAAUAAUCACAUUUUCAGAUUACAUAUGAGGCAUUACUAGAAAAGAAUUAGAUUGAUGUUUUUGAGUGGCUUAAAAAUUAGCUCUUAAGGUCUCUAGAGUUGUGGCAAUUUCAUUGGAAUAAGUGUAUAGAUUUCCAAAGGGACUAGGUUGAAGGACAUUAUUCAUUUUGAUGGCUAAGUUCUAGCAUAAUAGUUUUUUAAAAAUCAAUUUUAUUACUUUAUGGUCAUGCCUUGCAUGAUCUAGGUCCAACUAGUUAAGUGACAUGAUGCCUUUUUAAAGACUACCUGAGUGACAGUGUCCAUGAUGAAAUAGUUAGAAGUGGUCUAGAAAGGAUAGAAAAGUUGGCCCCUCUAUCUUCCCUUACAACCCUGAUACACAUAUACUUAGAAAAAGCCAUCAGUUACUGCCAUUAGUAUUCUUCCAGUCUGCCAUUUGUAAGUAUUAAUGGAAGGUUAACUCUGUCAGUAGCAGCAAAGACACACUUAUUUUUCCGUUUUUUUCACUUUCUGUAUCUCCAAGAAUCUGCAAACACUUUUCAGUUGGGACUCACUUUUGUUUAAAAAAAAAAAAAAGAAAAAACUAAAAAGAAAAUAUUUUUAAUAGAUAAAGCUAUAUAUUUUCAGUAUUUCCCUGAAUCAACACUCUCAUUUUUAGAAAUCUCAUAGCAAUGACAACAGAUGAUAGUUUUGGCUAUAGCUAGCAAAGCUAUUUCCUGUUAAGCUAAUGCCUCGGGCCCUGGUGUGGUCUCCCAGUCUGGUAAUUAGAAUGGCAUUGGCCAUGAACAGUUUGGGAAACAUAACUGCUGAGGAGUGUAGAGUGAUAUCACUUGAGUAGCAGAUUAUAUUCCCUAUUUCUGCUUAGCUUUGGGGGGGAGGGGUGGGAACAUGGGAAGAACACAACCAGAGACCCUGUCUCAGUAUUGUCUGUAUUUUACAUUGCUCUCCACCUUUUCAAAAAAUGCCUUGGAAGCUGAAGCUUGAACUAUUUCUUUCUGAACUUGACUGGUUUAUUGUGGAUUUGCAUCAAAAUUAAGUUGCUGGCCUGAACUCUCUUUUAACAAAAUGAAAAAAAACCAGACAGAAGAUGGGGAACUUUGUGAACCAGAAAUGAAAAAAGUACACUUCAACAGGAAUCUUUUUCACAAAUCAGCAGGGCUCAACUCAUCAUGCAAGUUUCUCUCUGCCAUUUAACUCUGCUCCUGAUUGGUGGUAGAGGAUGAUUUUGAUUAGAAGUGCAGAAAACCUGGGACUUGUAGAAGGUGCUUCGCUGGCCAAAACUGGGAAGAUACUUGAGGAGAAUGCCCAUGACCUGUUGAUUGUAUAUGUUGGAAAAAGUCAUUUAGGGCCCUGUUGGGCUGUCACUGAAUCAGGCAAUUGUGUGUUCUGUCACUGGCCUGUUCUUUGGUCUCUCCACUUUUUCUUUCCCUAAGCCAGGCAGGCAGAGCUUUAAUCAGCAGCUUGAUUUUCAUCAUAACCUGAGAGGAAACAUUCCUGAUACAUGCCAUCUCCAGAUGUGUGUUAAUUGGACCCAAAGGGAAAAUGCCCUUCUUUGAUUAUAGCUGCUUAAUUGUUGUCUAAUUGAAUCCCAAUGACUAAGACAGAAAGCCAACAUUUUGCCUGGGUGACAAAGUGGUGACUGAAGGUUAUACUCUUCAGCUUUUGAAUGUAUUUGUGACCAGAAGGUUUGUGGAUCAUCUUAGGGAAAAGUCCGUUUUUUCAUAGGAGUGAUCCUGAAUGGGUCAGUUAAGGACAUUAUAUGGCGCUUUGCACAUAGUAGGUGCACAAUAAAUAUUUGCUUUGAUUUUA